AUGCCGGGCCGGCUGUUGCCGACCGCCACCCCGUGGAGUCAGCCCGCGAGAUCCGGGCCGAGCAGCACCCCCCUGCUCGCUCAAGCUCCUCCCGGGACUUACUACAGCUACCCCCAUUUGAGCCGUGCGCCGGACCUCAACUCCCUGCUCCACACCCCCAGGGCCAGCAAUGCCAACAAUGCUGCUGUAGCCGUCGAUCUUGCUCGCGCUUAUGCUCCGCUUGGCGGCGCACCGGCGGUGCUGCCAAAGUACCCGCGGUAUGGGUUGUCGGCCGGCAGCGGCGGCGAGCAGUCCUCCUUGGGGGCAUUGUUCUCGAACAAAAGCUCCUCCUCAAAUGUGCAGGUUAAUUUGCCAGGGGAAGGUUCGACUUCAACCAUAGAUGGAAUGCCCCACAGCGCCGUGCAGUUUCAGGAUUCAAGUGCAGCACAAAUGAUGCAGAAGCUGGCAUCCAAACCGGCCCCUCGCCAUCAGCCCGCGCCUCUCACGGAUCGUAUGCACGUCUCCUGCCUGAACGUCGGUGGAGAGCUCUUCGUGGGUGAUGCUGGGCCUUUUGGAGUUCUUUGCUCAUGUCAUCAGUUGAGGAUGUCUGUAGCUAAGUUCUGUGAGCAUGCAGGAGGGCCUGCAGAAAAAGCUGGUGAAAUUGUCCUCAUGGAGAAUGGCAUGAGUAUUGCACACUGGUUCAAAUACUGCGUAGGGGUUGGAUCAUAUGUUACUGACACUAAGUGUGACCAGCCAGAAUGGGCGUGUAUAGAUCCUUCUCCAGAAGGAUACAGGCUGAAAAAUCUCCUUGCGAGAAACACUAGUAUGGAAAAAGUGGGGUUAUUCAAUGGAUAUGGAAAAGGCACAGGACCUAUGAACGGAACAGUUUAUUCGAAUGAUGUACGAAAAAGUACAGGACCUAUAAGCGGAACAGUUUAUUCCAAUGAUCUGCACAAUGAGGGUAGAGGGCACACUACCGUUGAAAAGCUAGGGAAUAAGAGAGAUGAAACAUAUUACAGGAGUGCUGAUGUCCACACAUCCUUUGCUAGGAACUUUGCUUUACUGCAGAAUUCUGAAACAAAUCUAGGGCUUGCUAAAAACCAUACUGUUAAUACAGCGAACCUAAACCAAAUUAGCAGGCUAAGUGGAAGCCCAUAUAUUACAGCAAGCACGAGUGCACAUCACAAUGGGAAUCAUUCGUCACAUAAUUAUGCAGAUCUUCUGGAGAAUAACUCUGGUGCCUCGUUUCGUAAUCCAGCUCCAAUAUCUCCAGUAGUUUUUAGCAAUGAUACUAGGGCAGGCAGAUAUAAUUUUCCCAGCAAAAUACUCCAAGAUAGUUUGAGCAGUGCUUCGAACACUGAAUUGAAGCUUGGGCAAUCCUCCUAUCAUCAAUCUCUGACUGCCCUAUUUCCGUCGGCGCAGUCAACAUUAAUUGAUUUUCAAAGACCUCAGUCACAUCUGCCAUCAGCAACUCAAAAUCAUUGUCCUAGGCAAACAGUCAAGGUCAGUAAAAAUAUAGGGGAACAUAAUGGACCACCAGUUGGUAGAGGAACUAGCGAACAAUCUAAUGGAGUUGCUAAUGCUAUCAAUCGUUCUGAAGGUGGCAAGGUUACAGAUGCAGCAGCCAAGAACUCAUUUAUCUCAAUAUUUCUUUCGCAUCUUGAGAGGAAUAGUGAAGCCAUUGAUGAUAUUCUCAAGAGUAGUGAGCAUAGCCUACCUAGGGGUCUGGAUGGUGCAUAUAGUUCCUAUCAUUCAAAAAUUGCAAGUAGACAAGUUGAGCCAAGGGCUAAUGAUAAUCCUUCUAAGUUGGCUUCUACCAGCAUUCAUACUGAAAGGAUAUCAGAUGACAGGGCUCUUUCAGUGGCACUCAGUGGAUCUUCAAAAGUUGUACCACUUGCAAAUAGUCAGAACUCUUUAAUCCAUAGUGACUGCCGGUCGCAUUUGCUGCCUAGGCAACCUAAUGCUGGAAGCUCCAAAGUUUGUGAUGGUGCAUAUAGUUCCUAUCAUUCAAAAAGUGCAAAUAGACAAGUUGAGCCAAGGGCCAAUGAUAAUCAUUCUAAUUCGGUCUCUACCAGUAUUCAUACGAAAAGGAUAUCAGAUGGCAUUGCUCUUUCAGUGGCACCCAGCGGAUAUCCUUCAAAAGUUGUACCUCUUGCAAAUAGUCAUGAGCCCUUAAUCCAUAGUGACUGCCAGUCGCAUUUGCUGCAUAGACAACCUAAUGCUGGAAGCUCCAAAAUUUGUGCAGGACUUCCAUGUCCUGCAAUUCCAUGUCCUGCAAAUUGCAGGACUGGCAAUCAUGCGGGCGAUGUAUCCCAUCAGGCUCCCUGUAUGUAUGAUAAAAUGGCCAAUGAACACAAUACUUUUGAGUGUGUAGACGACUCAUGCACACACAGAAGUUCGAGAGUUGCCAAAAUCAUCUGCCAUUGUCGAAAUUCCUGCUCUUCAUCUAGGGAGUUUCUACCUAGUUUUGGCCAAUAUGAUCAAUCAACGUUAGGAAAAUCGAUACAUCGAUGCUGUUACAGAGUUCAGGAAGAUGUUUCUAGACUUGGUUUUAGAGCUGGUCACUUGUGCCGAACUCAAUUCUCGAAUGACGGUGCUCCAAUCCACAAACUAGGGUUGCAUGAGCUUUGCACCUGCUCCACUUUCAUACCAAGGUCAUCGCUAUGUGCUGGAGGUUAUAUCGUGCAGCCUUCUUGCCAUGUGUGCUCUCCUGAUGGGUUUUAUUACAGAAGUUCCAUGGGACAUGCAACCAACAGCUUGACCAAAUGCCCUCUGUUUGAUGCACCUAAUAAGAAAGAAUCAGGUCCAUGUCGGGAUGGCAGAUGCUGCUGCUCUGUAGUCCCAAAAUGUUUGACAGAUUGUGGCUAUGCAAAGCACUGCGAUGACAGAAUUGACCAAAGUGGUAGUGGUUUACAAAAGUGCAAGCAUGAUGUGCAACUGCCUACCAGAUGCGUGGGAGAGAGUGAAAAGUUAAGAUGCCAGUGCUCAAGCAGUGCUCAAACACCUUUGUUGAAAGCUGUCUCUAAUAAAAUGGCAAACCAGCUUUUCGCUCCUAUAUCAGAGAGACUGAAGAAUGUAUCAGAAGAAUCAGUGGCCAACGCCAGCUCGCCUUAUAUAGCCGUAACGGAGAAAAAUGGCUCCUGUAGAGGUUCUGGUGUAUGUAAAGAACGACUGAAUCCUGGUUUUUCUUCUGGAUCCUCCAGUGCUGUGGUGACAAAGUUUCCAGCAUCACCUGAAUUUAACAAUACAUCCUCGUGUGUGGAUAAAUAUGGCAUUGAACACAAAAAACUCAUGUUUGACGAAGGAUCAAGAACUGAGAAAUCUUUGUCGUCAAGCUAUGAUGUGCCUGUCAGUACAGGAUGUGAAAAGUCCCUAAAUAGUUCCUCUACAUUUCACUUGGACUCAUCUAAAGUGAAGAGAAAAUAUUAUCAGAUUUCUGACGGAAUUACACUCAAAGAUAAUGGCAAGCAACAAUGUUCUGAAACACGAAGGAAAUCAAGAAGAUUGAAGUGCUCUGAGGAACAUUCAGUGUCAGAUGAUUGUACUAGGAAAAUAACUUUGCAGUCAUCCGAAAAUGGAGACCCUCAACCACAGAAUGAGGCUAGUUCAUAUUCUUGCAGUGUGUCAAAAAUUAAACGGAAACAUACUACCAUGCAACGAAAUAAGCCAGUGAAACGGCCUCACAUCCAUCAAGAGAUUUUGAAAGGUGGUGAGCAGUCAGAUGGUGAGGGCAUUAUGGUUGGAGAAUUAAAUUCCUCUGAGGAGAAGAAGCAAGUAGAGGAUAUGAGCACUCUGGUUAGAACAAAACAUCAACAGGAAGGGAGCCGAAUGUUUGCUCGAAAACCGCCUAAAUAUGUUUCUCUCAACUGCAUUCUAAAGGAACCUAAGAGUGAAAAUAUUUGUAGUGAGGUUCCCCUUCUCGAUUCUAGCUUAAUUGCUACAGGGAUAACAGAUGAUAAUCGAAAAUUUCGUAAAAUUGCUCCACUUAGUCUGGUUCUUAAAAAGGCGAAGAGAUGCAAUGCUGUUAAAACCCCCUGCAACACAGAAAACAUCCACUCUUGUGAGGAAAAGAGUGCAGUUCGUCCUGUAGGUAAAUAUUCUUUUGGUAAUGAAAAUUACAGUUCAAAAGCUGAAGAUGGAAUUCAGAGUUCCAAAAAGAGUAGAUAUUCACCUAAUGCCUUGAUGUUGAGACCGAACAUUGAGCGUGACUGCAAAAGACCCUGCAUCGAUCUUGGGGAAGGUCAGCCUAUUGGCCCAACAGAUGCGGAGACAAGCCAACUUUCAGUGCAAACAUCAAGAAAAGGAUUUAGGAAUCAAAGAUCAAGUGUAUCUGUUAAUAGGAUUAAGCGGUGUGAGGAAUCUGCAAAUAGAUCAGCACGUGGUCCUUGUGACGAUAAACAAAAUGUGGUUCAAGCCUGUGAAGUGAAUGUUGGAAGGUACAAAGAAAGGCUUAGCUCAGCUGAUUCAUGUUGUGUUUGUCGAAUUCCAUACCUGGAGCCUUGCAAUAAGUUGAUGGAGUGCAGCAAGUGCUUUGUCAAAGCGCACCAAGCUUGCUAUGGUGUUCUAAAAGUUCCAAGAGGCCAAUGGUUCUGUAGACCCUGCAAGACCAUGGCCAAUGCCCAGGACACUGUUUGCGUUUUAUGUGGCUAUGGAGGUGGAGCCAUGACAAGGGCAUUGAACGCCCAAAAAAUCCUGACAAGUUUGCGAAAAGGUCUGAGAGUUACAUCACAAGCAGAUAAACAUGUCAAACACGAUCCAUCUUAUGUGUCAAGAUCAACGAGUUUGGAAAACAUAUCUAGAGUAGAUAAACAGAGGUUAGUAGACACUGCACAUGAGGAGAACACCCUCAGCAGCUCAUGGACUGUGAACCACAGUUCAAGUCUACUCGUUCCACAAAUGUUGCGGUGGGUCCAUGUGGUCUGUGGUCUGUGGACACCUGGUACAAAAUGCCCAAAUCCCACCACAAUGAGCGCCUUCGAUCUAUCAGGUGCUUUACCUGCCAAGAGUGAUUAUGCAUGCUCGAUGUGUGACAGAGCUGGGGGUUCAUUCAUGAUGUGCCGAGAUGUGAAUUGCUCGGUGACCUUCCAUGCUUGGUGUGCCCACCAGAGGGGUCUGUUGCAAAGUGAUCCAGAAGGCGAGCAUAAUGAAUAUAUUGGUUUUUAUGGGAGAUGCCUGAAUCAUGCUACUAACCGUAAGGAAUGCUUGAGAAGCAAUGAAUGGACAUGUGCACGUACAGAGGGUUUUAAAGGACGAAAGGGUGAAGGCUGUUCUGGUUCUAAUUACAAGAAACCUCAAGUGAAGAGUAGUGAGUGCAGUGUUUCCCAAGAACAGAUAAAUGCUUGGCUACGGAUAAACGGAUCAAAGCCUUGCAUAAGAAGACAGUCCAAAGGAUGGAAGCAUUUGGUAGUGUAUAAAUCUGGCAUACAUGGACUUGGCCUCUACACAUCAGAGUUCAUACCGCGUGGCUCCAUGGUUAUAGAGUAUGUUGGUGAAAUUGUCGGGCAGCGCGUUGCCGACAAAAGAGAGAUCGAGUACCACUCUGGGAAACGGCAGCAGUACAAGAGCGUCUGCUAUUUCUUCAAGAUUGACAAGGAGCAUAUUAUCGACGCCACCCGCAAGGGCGGGAUUGCAAGAUUCAUCAACCACUCAUGCAUGCCAAACUGCGUCGCGAAAAUAAUCUCAGUCAAGAACGAGAAGAAGGUAGUGUUCUUCUCGGAGCGCCACAUAGAUCCGGGCGAGGAAAUCACGUACGAUUAUCACUUCAACCAAGAGGAAGGCGAAAGGAUCCCUUGCUUCUGUAGAUCAUUUAGCUGCAGGCGGUAUCUCAACUAG